AUGCUCCCACAUUAUCAUCCGUCCUCGCCCACACCUCGACCAGAGGGUGUGGUGGAGGCUUUGGCGGCGUCACCCCCGAUCGCUCGCCGCCGUCGCUUGAACUCCUGCUCAUCUGGUGCCGGUCAAAUCACUGGCAUCGCAGGCUGGCGCCGAGCUCCGCGUACCCGCCACGGUAGCACGAGCUCGUUGGGCAUGGGCAUGCAGAGUACGCCUGCGAAGAGAGCCAAGAGCAUCGACACAAUCCCGUGGGACUCGAAGGCAACGCGGAGAACCGAGAAGGAAGCACAGGAUGGGUUGCUGGAAGGGCAGAUCAACUCGAUUGAAGGCAGCGACGCCCAAGAAUUCCCUCUGAGUGACAACACCCCGGAGCAGCAACGGUCUGUCGAUCCCCAAACUCCCAUCGCACAAUGGCAGGACCCGCUGGAGACCACCUCUGAGACUCUGUAUGAAAUCUACCACGACCACGAAGAGCCCUUGAAGCUUGGCACGUCUUCGGCGCCAGUGACGCCCCGCUCUUCGACGGGUGGCAAACGCAAACGCAGUAACGUCGAGCAGACGCCUCGCGGCCGCAUGUCACCCCCCACGGCACUCUCCUUCAACACGCAUAAUGAUGAUAUCGUGUCUCCGAACGACAAUGAGCAGCGCACCCCUACAGUGCCGGAACGCCAAGCGUCAGGCAGGGUCGCAUCUCCACGGUUGACACCGCGCCCCAAGCUGGACCUCCCGCCCUCCGACCCGCCCUGGUCAAGUACGCCGAGUGUAUUCCACGACGAGUCUUUCCCAAAGCCCCGUUACCGCGACACAAGCAGUCCCAGUCCCCCGGAAAUUCCGCGCAGGCGGUACUCGUCUGUGCCGCCCUGGGAGUUGCCCUUGAGUGCGUCACCUCCAACACCUCUGCAGCUCGCGGCUCUCCUCGACGACGACUUCAGCUUCCCCUCUUCAGUGCCUCUGCCUGAGUACGAUUACAAUGCGGAGCGCGAAGAACGCGCCCUAAGGCCCGAUCCAUUUGGAUUCUCCCGCAUCGCUGCCAUGGUUGCAGGUGAGUUGCCGAUGUGUCGUUCCUCGCUGAUGACAGGGCGCACGCCGCAAGUUUUCCUCCCCUCAUCAGAAGGUGAGGAGCUACCUGUUCGGGCGUACCCUCCUCCCCGCUUCUCCUCGCCACCGACCAGUCCGGCAGAUGGCCUCAUCAGCACUGAGGCGGACAGCGUGAGGCAGUCGUCACCGCUGCGUGACCGUGGCGCUGCGCCACGCAAGAAGAAACAUUACUGGCUGGGCGAGCGGAUUUAUAAGCGCAUGGAGCGUGCGUCCAGGUCUGAAUCGGAGUCAGAGACGGACGAGCCUGUUGCAAAGCGAGUUUGCAAGAGCGAGAGCAGCAAAAACAGCAAGAAGACAGUUCUUACCAGUAGAGCCACACCGGAACCCGACCCCGUAAGCGGCACUCGUCGAUCUAGCUAA